CCUACUCCUUGCUAGAAUCAAGCCCACCACAACACCAAAGGAGAUACUCUUUACUCUGUAGAAGAGUCUAAGGGGAAGCUAGUUUCUACCGCUCUGCUCGUCUCGAGUGAAGGGCACAAGUGUUUUCCACCCAGAGUGAAGCGUGUGCGCGAAAGCAGCGAGAUGUGCGGCAUCCACGCAUCCAUAUCACGAACGGCCUAUCAAGCACCUAGCCAUGAGCUGAGGCAGUUACUCUCCAAUAGAGGCCCCGAUCACUUGGGAGAGAUACAAGCCAAAAUCGACACGGGCAAUGAAACAUCCUGUUGGAUUUCAUGCACCUCCACUGUUCUUGCGCUCCGGGGGGGUCAGGUGAAGAAGCAACCCUUUCAAGACAGCUCAAGUGGCUGCUCGUUGUGUUGGAACGGCGAGGCCUGGAAGAUUGAUUCCACUCCCGUUGUAGGGAAUGAUGGCCAAUUAGUUUUCGAUUUGCUUCGGGAGGCAAGCGCUUCAAACUUGACUGCUGCUGAGUCCACAGCCGCGAUUCUUGGGCUUUUACGAAGCAUCUCAGGGCCCUGUGCUUUCGUAUAUGUGGAUGCCAACCAUGGCCUGAUAUAUUUUGGCCGCGAUUGUUUGGGACGGAGGUCCCUGCUUUAUCAUACUAAUGAAUCGUCGUCGACUAUUGAACUUUCCAGUUGCAGCGAUCCUUCAAACCCAAAUUGGACGGAAGUUGAGGCUGAUGGUAUAUACCAGUUGUCCCUCAGUUCUGCUUUAUUGAUGACCGAGAACCGCACUGAUGAGAUCGUCCUGUCCAAUCCAGUGGUAUCCUGUCAAAGACACGCAUGGGAUACGCCUUCAUCUGUAUGUUACCCCAGCCACCAGAGGCUCGCUUGAGUUCCAAAUAUAUAUUGUUUACAUUUUGUUCACCGACUAAUGUUUUCAUAGCCAUCAUCACUGGGCGUUUUUAACCGAGCCAUACCUUCUCAAGUACAACCGCUGACUUGUCAAAGCUCCUCGGUGCAGUCUCUUCGUAAACAGCUCCAUGAGUCCCUGAAGUUGAGAGUUCUCAACGUGGCGGUACCGCCUGGUCAAGAUGAGAAUCACGAUGUUCGCAUUGCUGUGUUGUUUUCCGGCGGGCUUGAUUGCACAGUACUAGCCCGUAUGGUUCAUGACUUACUUCCAUCUGGCCAGGAGAUUGAUUUACUCAAUGUCGCUUUUGAGAAUCCAAGGUCAAUAAAUGCUGCAAAGAAUGCUGCGAAUCAAAGAAAGCUCAAGAAUCAAACUGCUCACUCCAAAUCAGAAGACCAAGAUUUGGAUAACCAACUAGACGCUCUAAUUAAUUUAUCCCAUUACGAAGUAUGUCCGGAUAGAGCUACGGGAAGGAAAGCUUUCCAUGAAUUACAAAAUGUAUGUCCGGGGCGAAUAUGGAGGUUCGUUGCAGUAUGUAUCCCAUGUAUCAUGAUGACGAAUGAUUUACUAAUCAUGUUUAGGUUGAUGUGCCAUAUUCGGAAACAGUCUCUCAUCGAGCAAAGGUUGUCAGUCUUAUCGACCCUCACAACACCGAGAUGGACCUUUCAAUUGCCUAUGCUCUUUUUUUCGCUUCAAGGGGGGUUGGUAUGGCAACCACGGGGCAGGACCAAAGUUCAAAAUUAUACUCAACUCCAGCUCGUAUUCUUCUUUCUGGCCUCGGAGCGGAUGAAAUAUUCGGUGGGUACACCCGACAUUCUACAGCUUUCAGACGAAAUGGGUAUCCUGCUCUUAUUGAUGAGCUAGAGCUGGAUGUCAACCGACUUGGAAAACGAAAUCUGGGCCGUGACGACCGAGUCAUAUCACAAUGGGGUCGUGAAGCACGAUUUCCGUUUCUCGACGAAUCACUGGUCAAGUGGGCAGUUGAGUGUCCGGUCUGGGAGAAAUGCGGUUUCCAAGAACAUCCUCCUGCAACCCCGGAUUUUCCAGAAGUUGAUCCCGAGAAGAAAGUACUCCGAUUGCUAGCAUAUGAUCUAGGAAUGCACUCCGUUGCAGUAGAGAAAAAACGAGCUGUAAGUUUAUUCCUUCAUUUUUCCAAAGCUGGACUAAUAUAGUAGAUACAAUUCGGCGCCAGAACCGCGAAGAUGGAAGUUGGGAGGACAAGAGCAAAGGGGACACAGGUUAUAUCUUGAGUUUUUGUAUAGUCAUUAGACUAUUCUGGCAGUGAUGAUUAUCAGAUACUACUGAAUCGUUUCCACGUACCAACGGGAGUUUCACAAGACCUCUUUUAUGUGUUUCUGCUACCACAGAAACCUCUAAGUUGUUGAGUGCCGUUGGAUCAUACUUGGUUCUUUUAUGAAGUAGUAAAGGCAAGUCUGAGCCAGGUCAAACGAGUUGCCUAUUUGGUCUCUUGUUUAAAGUAUAGCUGAGUGCUAUCUAGACAUUCUACUCGUUAACCCAGACGUACCUUAGAGCAUAUGAGGAUAUAAAGUAGAUUAGUAAAUAUUCAAUAACAAGUUUUGAAUUGGUGUCGAG